AUGCCUGCCGUCGGAGAUCAACAUAAGCCCAGUGGGAGCCAUAGCGCGAACCCUUUCGAAGAGCAGAAGCCUCGCAUUACAGAAUAUACAGCACAAGAGAUUGCCACAUUACAGAGUCGGCUCAAUCAGCAAUUAGGACCCGAGUAUAUCUCUGCCCGGGCAGGGCCGGGUGGUUCAAGGGUCCAUUACCUGGCUGCCGAGAAGGCGAUUAGUCUUGCGAACGAGGUUUUUGGGUUCAAUGGUUGGAGCAGUUCCAUCCAAAACAUCCAGAUCGAUUUCGUGGAUGAGAACCCUCAGACGGGUAAAAUCACACUUGGGCUCUCGGUUAUCGUGCGGGUGACCUUGAAAGACGGCACUCAUCAUGAAGACAUUGGAUAUGGGCAGAUUGAGAAUUGCAAGGGAAAAGCUGCUGCAUUCGAGAAGGCCAAAAAGGAGGGAACCACGGACGCAUUGAAGCGGGCGCUGAGGAACUUCGGCAACGUGCUAGGAAACUGCGUCUACGAUAAAGGGUACCUUGCCAAAGUCACCAAGAUGAAGGUUGGUGCGCCGAGAUGGGAUCCAAAUCUGCUGCACCGUCAUUCAGAUUUUGCGCCUCAGAAGCAAUACGAGGAGGUGAAGCCAACUCUCCCCGGUCCGGUGCAAGAGUCAUCCACUGAAUUCGACGACACUUUUGACCUGGAGGAUUUUGAGGUUGCGGACUUUGACGAAAUCGACGUAGGACAUCCAGACGAGGUGGCAUUGCCCGCUGGGCCAGCAGGUGCUAGACGUGGGCCGGCUGAUGGUGCUUCAGAGCGGAUGCCCCCUCCAUCCAAGGUAGAUCUGACUACACCGUCCAAAGCACCUGGUGUGGAUGAGGCGCAGUCGCGAACCCUGCCACCAAGAACAGCUCAGGCUACUGGUCCCUCCAACAUCGUUCCACAACCACUACCUGGGCAACGCGCUCCGGGGACAACAGGACCGCCGAAUAAGUCAUCCACGGGACCGGAUUCACGGCCCAAUGUGGAGGAUGUUGCUCGAUCAUUCUCUCCCACCCUAUCUUCGCAACAUUCUGCCAAUCAGUCGACCGGGCAAGGCUCUUCUGCGGCGGUCAACCCCCCUCGUAUUGCUGGCUUCUACUCUGCCAAGGCUGCUGGCAAGAUAGACGCCAACAACAACGUCAUUGCUGCAAUUCCAGCCGCGGUGCCCAAGUUCAACCCUCACGCCGAAAGCCCGUCAAUACGCAAGACUUCCGGAGUGAAUCACAGCAGGUCCAUCCCAUUAAAGCGGGAUUUGAUUCCUGACACCACCACGCUAGCACCGAGUAUUAUCAAUCCGCAGUCUGACUCGAGCAGAAGGGUGGGUGCGCCGGGUGCCAACAGUCCCCUUGCCCCUGUAAGGGGACCAAGUACUUCUGCAUAUCGACCUCCGACGAGGCGUGGACCAGAAUCGCCCGGUGGCCCGCCGCCAAACGCGGUGGAGAUUGGCGGAGGAGAUCGAGCAUUACAGGCCGCGAGAAGGACGCCCCUUGGGGAUGUGAGCAAUGUCCAGCAUAACGUGACGGCAGUCACCACCGAUGGGGUCGACGCAAAAAGACAGAGGAUCAUAGAAUCUGGCCAGAGCGGGAUACAUGAAACGGCGAACAAUGAUCCGGGCAUUGGCUGA